UGUCCUAACGCACUACUCUUUCGUGCCGAGCUCACUAGGAUCAAGAUGGUCGGGUGUAGACAUCAUGGGUCCUGCUACAAUGUAAGGAUCUGAGUGAGAUAGGACAAUGCGUUGUGAAGUGUCGUUGUUGUCAGACCGCAAGUUCGCUCUGAGAUCAGAGGGCAGCUAAGGAAUUCUGCCGCGCAGCCUAGGCGGUGUGUAUGCUCUGGCCAGAACUUUUCGAACUGAGAAUGCGUACGAUCGCAUAUGGACCGACAACAACCAACCUCAGCUUGAUGGUGGUUGGGAAUACGCUGAGCGCAUCGAUAUGCGUUCGAUGCCAAUUCCGUAUCCUUCAGUCAUCCUCGCUGCAAUAUUUACCAUAUUCCCAAGGAUGGCGCCACCGCAGAUACUUCUCCACCUCUAUACACCUCCGCGAUGACCCAUUCCCUCCGACAUCACUCCCGGCCGCGCCAGGCUCAGAGAUAAAUCAGCCCACAUCUCAUCGACAUACAAGCUCUUCGAGGAUUGACAGAACACACCUGGGUCGUAGUUCAAGAUCCGUUCUUAAAGUGCAUAGAGGAAGAUUUAGGGAAACCUCGUCGGCAUUAGCAACACAACGCCUGGGAUCACCUGCGGAAAUCUUAGUCCUCAAAGAUCAGGCUUCUUUGCGAGCAACUGAAAACGACAAGGAUGUAGUCGUCAAUCCUAAGUCGAUAGAACGCAAUCGUGAGGUUUUCGAGGCCACACUCCAGGCAAUCAGAGAUAACAAGAAACAUGUGCGACAGACAGAUGUGGACCAUGUUCUUGAUAGUCUGAAACCUCGUCAUAAUCCUGAUGAGGAUGCGGCAUAUUUGACUCAAGACUUGUACGAGACAUUGCUUCAGACGGUCCGAGAUGGCUUCACCGUGGGGCAAAUAUCGCGUUAUGUACAAUCGCAUACGAUGGAACAGGAGCCGAGUGCAUCAGACGAUAAAGCUACAGUUCCUUGGACCAAAUGGCGACCCGGCACGUCGCCUCUGGAUGUACGGUUGGACCCCGAAUUACAGGCCCGUAUUGUAAGAAAGGCAAGGAUGCCAAAACGGAAUAAACUCGACACUGUCACGAAAAUCACAAACUCCAUGUUCGAUGAGGCGUCAGUUCAUGAAUUUCCAGCCGAGAGUCGUGCUACGGACGCGUUGAAUCGGUCUAGGGAAACAACAAAGGAGAGGCUACUUAGGCGUCUCCUGAAGGAUUGUUGGAAAGUGCAAAUUUUGGAAGAGAUUGAGUCCGUUGGUGAACUGGAGAUCUACAUAACCAACACAUGUCGGUGUCGAGAAACUCGAAUCCAUUGCAUCCUUGAGACAUUCGAACGUUGACGUCGCCACCGGGGACCGGAAGAUUCGAGUGACUGCGGACAAGACGAGUGCUAUCUACACAGCUGAAGAUAUUGUGCACCUACUUGGUGAAAUUAAGACUGGGACUAUGCCCCUGCAUGUGUUUUCAGCGGGAGCAAAAACGCUCGGAAAAUCGCCGAAGGCAAUCCCCAAAGCAAGCGGCUUUAAACUCAUCAAUGACGAUGAUAUUAAAUACGUAGCAAACUUGACUAAGACUCAAAUAAGAUUCGAGUCCUCUGAAACGGUAAUGAUUCUUUGCCACUCUCU